AUGUCACCAUCCAGUCAAGGUAAGAAAAGGAAACGAUCCCCAUCGCCUUCUCCGCCAAAGUCGAAAUCCCCGAGCAAGAAGCCUGGAAAGAUAACAAAGUUCUUGUCCUUGCUCACUCCUCAGAAGAAACCAAAGUCCGCUGAAAAGAAAGAGAAGAAGAGACUUUCGUUCGGCGCGCCGAUCUUGCACGAGUUCGAUGCCUUCUCACCGCCGAGACGACGUAGACCCGUAGCUGCCAAUGCAGAUCUGGACGCUAAACACAUGGAUGAAGAAUCUUUAAGGGUAGAACUCUCUUGCCGCAAAGAAGAAGACAAGUCACUCUCCCAUGUCGACGUGCAUAAUGCAACCAAGAAGUCGAUGCAAAAGAUGGUCAACGAGUUGUGGAACAAGGAUCAAAUUCGUAAAUUGGAAGAAUGGGGAGUAUCCUGCAAGGGGGAUGCUAAACUUUCGCGCUCAGAAAUGGCACACAAGAUCAAAAUCUUGCACAGUCUCGAGAGGAAGGGAAGUGUGCUGAUGUCGGGGAAGCACACGCGACUGCCCAGUCAGAUGUCCACGGAAGAGAUCCGGGAGGAGCUGCAGAGCAGAAGGAUUGGGAUCAAAGGCAGUCGAUACGAACUGGAAAGACGUUUAGAAGAGGCAUGGCUCAAGGAGGGAGAAAGGUUUGAUCAAGACGGUGAAGAUGGUUAUGCCUUCGGACGAUGGGCAGUCUCUGCAAGGGAGGUCAUCGAGACCAUGAGUGACAUCGCCAUUUUCAAAGAACUUGCAGUGCCAGCACGCAAGAAGUGGGUUGAGGGAAAACUUAUAGCGCCUCGAAGUGCUCGAAUACAGUUACUUGAAGAGAUUUACGCUGCAGAACUACAGGAAAGGAAAAUAGUUGCUUUUGAUCUUGCCCUCAACGAAAUGCUUGAAGUGUACAAGCUGGAAACCGCUGGGCCAAAGCCAAAGCGAUUUCAAAGAUUGGUGGACUACUUCACAGCAAAUCCAUUCAUUUUCAUUGACAACUUGGAAGAAGAAAAGCCUUCAGUGACGUCUCAGCGUCGGCGAUGA